AAAGAAGUGGCAUUAGCCCCAUCAGUGAAUAUUUUCAAAGAAACGCUGGACCUUCUUUGUAAGGCAAUCUGUCAGGAUUAUCACAGGUUCACCAACCUACUAUUCUUACUACUGAUAACUGUCACUUUAACCCUUCAGGGUCGCAUAAACAAAAGGUUUGGUGUUGGAGUGCAGUUCCAGUUAGGGCUUCAACCACAAAUGGAUAUUAGUUGUGAUACAACGACUUUUAACUUCAUACCUUCAGUUUUGAUCUCGGUGUAAUAAAUCAUUCUUUUAUCCUUGCUGCCUCCGGAUUUGCUAAAAAAACGAGUUAAAACCUCAAGCUCUUUCAGUGGCAGAUUCCAGGUGUACUGCGAAAAGACAGCUUUAUAGGAUCUGUCCCGCAUCUUUUAAGCUGUUCAGUUGUUUGCCUUAAUUUUCUAUUGAUUAGUUCAGUGGAUUAGAUAUUUAUCACGUCACCAUUCUGUGUUUUCAAUGUUUAUUCAGUUUUCUUUUAUAACUAGAAGCUUAAGUUUAGUGAUGGUGUAAUUACUGUCUUAUAAUUUGUCAAGUGAAUCUUUAGCAUUACUACUAGGUGUGGAUCACCAAAACUAGUUUUAUGUCAAUAUCAAUACUUCAGUUUUUACUGUCUUUAUUUAGAUUUUAGGCUGACUGACGUCCUCAAAAUGCUAAAUUUCAUGCGUCCUUCUAGAGAAUUACUGAAAUGUAUUAGUAAAGCUGUAUUUACGUUUCCCGUCUACCGUUACUCGUCAUUCGUGAGUAGUACUAAUGAACAUGAAGUGAAACAACAAAUUCCAGCUGAUGAACAAGAGAUUAAGAGACUAUCAUCAUUCGGCGUUUAUGUUGGUGAAUGUUUACCUAAGUUUGUCCAAAAGGUGCAAAUAGGUCAUACCAAAGAACUUGAAAUUUGUAUUCAUCCUGAUGGAGUUAUUCCAGUUCUUUCAUUCCUGAAAUGUCAUCACAGUGCUCAAUUCUUAAACCUUUCGGAUAUUACUGCUGUUGAUAUACCAUCAAGAAAAUAUAGGUUCCAGAUUGUUUAUAAUCUUCUUUCUUUGAGGUAUAACUCUCGAAUUCGUGUCUUGACCUACACAGACGAACUUACACCGAUCGACUCGUCUUGUUCCAUCUUUCAAGCAUCAAAUUGGUAUGAACGGGAGGUGUGGGACAUGUACGGUGUGUUUUUCUAUGAUCAUCCGGAUCUUCGUCGGAUCCUUACUGACUAUGGUUUUAUAGGGCAUCCUCAACGGAGAGAUUUUCCUCUAAGUGGAUAUACAGAGGUGAGAUUUGACGACCAAUACUAUCGCGUGGUUAUCGAACCCGUUGAAUUGGCUCAGGAAUUCAGGCGGUUCGAGUUCAAUUCUCCUUGGGAAGCGUUCCCAGCAUUUCGGGAUUCCAGUUCACAUGAUGAGAAUUUACUAAAAUCUCUCAAUUUCGAAGGCCAAUCGGGAGACUCAAAACCAAAAUUAAAUUCUAAAUAAGCUAGAACUUUUCACUGUUGUCUGUCAGUAAUAUGAUUUGACAGAUGAGUCAUAAUUAGACUUCUUUUGCUCUUGGUCUUUUUGUACAUCCCAAUGCCUUACGUUAAAAACUGUCUCAUGGUACGGAAUUUAAUACUGAUAAUUCGAGUGUCUUG